GGCAAAAUGGCGGACGAAGUGCACAUAGACGAGAAAGUAAAAAGAUACGAAGAAUUUUUGAAUGAAAGACUGAGAAAGGAUUUAGAAACUGUACUUAAAACGCAAGGACAGGUAAACUCCAAGAUCGCAGAAUAUUUGCAGCUAAAAAGUGUCAUAGAAAACAUUAAAAACCGCGAUGGAAGUUCCGGGAAAGCGCUGAAGACACAAGUAGAUCUCGGAUGUAACUUUUAUUGCCAAGCGCAGAUUACAGAUCCGUCAAAAAUUUUAGUCUCAGUAGGCUAUGGAUUUUAUGUGGAAUUCACUUUGGAUGAGGCUCAAGAAUUUAUUGAGAAAAAAUGCGCCCAACUAACAGCAUAUGCCUCGAAGUUGGGAAAUGACUCCGCUAACAUAAAGGCUCGUAUUAAACUAGUUAUGGAAGGGCUAAGAGAGCUGCAGGACAUUGGACCACACAGGGACGAACCUAGACCUCUAUGGUAGAAAAGACUCUACCGCGAUGAUAUGCAAUAUCUGGGAGUUUUACAUGUGAGGUACUGUGUAUCUCUGGCUCAUAAAGGAAAGAUCAUCAAAGGUCUCCAGAAAAUCCAUCUGAAACCAAACAACCUGCUUCUCACUUCGUAACAUGCGAUGCCAGCAAUUGUUAUCAUUAAGUUCUAAAUAGAAUAAGAUAGAUGGUUAGUUUUAAGCUUGAUAAAUAAAUAGAGAAAGAUGUUUUACAUCUUGUUGCGAGCAUGGGACAAAGAAAAAACUCUGAGUCCCCAUGAGGAAUUGAACCUCAAACCUUCAGAUUCGACACUUUGAUGCUCUAUUACUGAGCCAAAGACACU